UAGGCAGUUAAAAUCACACUGUCUGUAAUGUCGUUGCUGAGAGUUUUGGAAGGAAGUAUCCCAAGACAAAUUGUGAUACACAGGAUUUGUGGACAUCUUGCACGAGUGCUAUUCCAGAUAGACUGACACAUAAAGUACCCUCAAGUAUUGUACUUGUGUAAAGUGCCAAGGAGCAUGGAUUUCACGGUAUUCUUUCUAUAAGCAUAAAGAGAAGUUGACCGAAAGUCUAUUGUCGUCACCAACACCAAGUUUUGAGUACCCAGAGAGUUCCUUCAAUGCUCCAGAAUUCACUCAGCCACUCUUUGAAGGAUCCAGCACUUCAGUGUUAGAGGCAGUCACCAAACAUCUAUAUGUGUUUUCUGUGAACCAUGGGAUGUCAAAAACAGCUUUAUCAGACAGUCUCAUGUGUGAGAAGUCAUCUUUACCCCAGCCCAAUCACUUACCCUCAUCCUAUAAGGAAGCCAGGACACUUGUUGCGCCUUUGCUUAUGCCACUUCAAAAAUAUGACGUGUGUAUUAAUGACUGUGUCAUUUUUAGAGACAGCGGGGAAUAUGAAUAUGCAAACUUGAAUGAGUGCCCCCAAUGCCUGGAACCGAGAAAGGAAAAUGGGAAAUCAAGGAAAAUGUUCACAUAUAUGCCCAUUGGUCCUCGAUUAUCUAGGUGGUUUGGAACUGAAAACUUGUGUAAAUUGAUUUAUGAAAAAACAUUAACUGUUUCCAGAAGUGAAAACAAUGAAGUAAUCAGAGACUUUACUGAUAGUGAACAAUUCCAUUCGUGGUUUAAAGCAGGACAGGUUUUUGAAAACUUGGGUAAAAACAGUUGUGUGCCUUUAUCAUUGUUUACCGAUGGAGUGAAUCCAAACAGAAAUUCAUCAGCCUGCCAAAAAUCCAUGUGGCCAAUAAUUCUAACUUGGAUUACUCUUCCACCUUCUGUAAGACAGUUAUUAGGACCCAUGAUGUUAAUGGGCAUCAUUCCAAGUGGGAAGAAUGGAUCUGAACCCAAGUCUCUGGAGCCGUACCUAUCCGUCGUUGUGGAUGAGCUUCUGUCUCUCACGGAAUUCACAGUCCUGAAUUCAUACACCUCUGCUCCAAUGACUGUUAAAGUUGCGCUGUUGCAGUACCUGUGUGACAUUCCUGGAUAUUCCAAGCUUCUCCACCUGUCAGGACAUGGAGGAUUAAGAUCCUGUCCCUAUUGUCAAGAGCAUGGUCAUUAUUGCAAACAUUUGAGGAAAACCAUCCACAUUUCAAACAGGACCUUCCUUCCUUCAAACCAUCCAUUAAGGAAUUCAGAGGGAUUUGCUGUUCAAGGGCCGGACAGGAAUAGCAGACCAAAGGCAUAUUCUCUCCACGAAGAAACUGCACUCCGGGAUAUGUACCAGCAAAAGCCGAAUAAAAACCAGAAACAGAAGCAACAAAAGAGAACGGGAUUGAAAGGGAAUUACAUUCUGCAAAAACUGCCAUAUCAUAACCGCCUCGAACAGAUGUCUCCAGAUGGUAUGCACACACUGGCAGACUUUAUUAGCCAUCUAAUGGAAAUGCUUUCUGGGAAAUAUAAUGGCGAGAAAGUGCUCUCAUGUGAAAAAGACUUCAACAGGUUUCCAGAUAUCCACUCAGAAAUUAGUGAUGAUGAAAAAGAGCAGCCCAAGAAGAAAAGAAAGUUAGAUCCAAAUUCCAAACAUGAUGUAACCCCCCCAUGGUCUCUAUCAAAGGAACAGAUAAAGAUAGCAGAUGAGAGGGCACAACAUGUACUGUACACCAAUGCAGAGGAUAUUUCACCUGGACCCCACUUCAGCAAAUUGUGGACUUUGAGAACAAUGAAUUCAAAAAUACAGUUUGUGACAUCAGGAGCCUUAGAGUGGUGUAUACAGGGCCUGCUUCCCCCGACCCAGGAAAAGACUUUGAAGUGUGUGUGUGAUGUUUUGAAGAGGAUGGUCUCCCCUGUUAUACAUAUGUCAACGCUUGAUGAGCUGCAGAAAGACACACAUGAGGCAUUUGCUCUUCUCGAAAGAGAUUUUCCUCUAACGAUGCAGAAUCUUACAACCCAUCUAAUUCAUCAUGUAGUGGAAGACCUGGCACGAUUUGGACCAAUGUAUGGCAGGUGGCUGUUUCCAUAUGAGCGAGCCAAUGGGUGGAUAACCCGGCAGUGUCUGAGAAAGGGGAUGGAGGAGUCCACAGUUAUGGAAACAUAUGCUAUAUAUGACUGGUGUGUACAUAUGAUACUCAGCGGGAAAUUCAACCCAGUGGAUGCACUUGGUAAAACAUCUUUGAUGAAAACCAGUGAAAGACUUAUGGAGAAGUUAGACGAGGAUUCAUCUGCUGUCACAGGCCGAAAGCAACACAGAAAGAAAAAUGUCCUUCUGACUGACAGCAUGAAAAUCCACAUGAGGUCAUUCUACAUGGAGCUUGGUAUUGGUGUGAUCCAAUUUCCGGAUACAGUUGCAGAAAUUCACAGUUCAGUUGAAGUGACAGAUUCAAGUGAUAGGAACUAUAAAUUCGUCUGUGACAAAUACAGAGGAAAUAAGCCGCCAUCCAUUGUGAAGCUGCCGUGUGUUAACAACAAUCAGUUUGCGCAAGUUUGUUUUUUCUUGGAACAUUCUGUGAAUAGUUCCAUUCAUCACUGGGCAAUAGUCGAACUCUUUCCACUGGCAGAGAAGUGCAAUUCGUUCUUUUGCAUGGAAGACAAGCCUCUUCAACGAAAACUUUUCCAUUCAUCUCUACUCGGUAAACCAUUGGUAAAUGUAAAGAACCAGGGAAAAGUUUGGAUUCUUAGGGAUUAAGUUCUUUGAGUGGUAAUGAACAUUCUGACUAUUAAGUUUUAUGAUUAUGAGACUUGUUUUAAAUUGCAGUGACAUUUUGUUGUUUGAUAUUGUUUUCUGUUCGAUGACCUAUUGAAAAAUUAAACAAUAUCAAAAAGUGCAUUGAGUAUUUUUUCUGAAUUAAGUAAAUGAAAUACGGCACUGUAAUAUACCAUUAUACGGGUAUACAGAUAUUAAGUGAUGACUUAUUCGAGAGAGAGUUGACAUGUACGUUUGAUGGCACAUAAGCUGAUAAAG